UUUUGUAUGAAAAGGCAGCAAUUAUGGUCGAAUAUUUAAAGCAAUCGAAAUAGAAAAACACGCUGCCUGUCGGGACCACACCGCGAUACAAGGAGAACGAAAACCGUAGGAGAGUGCAACAAGGCGCCCGCCUGACGCAAGACUGCAAAAUUGUGCAAGGUACAAGAAAAAAUUACGAUGGCUCUGGAUAAAAAGAAUUCAAAAUACAAGCGUAGGCAGCGGGACAAGACACGAUAUCUCAGUUUCGUCAGUAUAUUGAGUCAGAACAGUAUGUCCGCCGACGCCAACUGGAAAAUGAGAGUUCCAACGUUACGAGCAAGUCAACUUCCUGAAGAUUUACUGGAAACGUAUGAAGAAGCGUUUUAUUUAUUGGAUACAGAUAAUACAGGAGUGAUAGGGAAAAAAGAAGUUGGUAUAGUGAUGAGAGCAAUUGGUCAAGAACCAACAGACGAAGAAAUUGAAAAUUUAGUCAAGGAAGUCGACAGAACAGAAACUGGAAGACUGAGUUUCAAUGAUUUUUUAGCUCUUUUGGCUCACAUUUGCCAGGAAGAAGAACCAGAAGAAGAAUGGGAAAGGGUGUUUCAGCAAUUCGAUCAUAACAAAGACGGUUUUAUUGACGAACAUGAUCUUCGAAAAACUAUGCUUCAACUUCGACUGAAGUUCACUGAUACAGAUGUUGAUGAAAUGCUUAAUGAGUUUGCUCCUCUUCGGGACAGUGGUCCAAGACGAAUAGAUUUUGAAGAUUUUCUUUCGAUUCUAACGUGAUUUCCUCACAAAGUUGUGUAUUUCAAAUUGCAAAAGUUUGUGGAAAUGUUAAGUGACACUGUGUAGGUAGGCGGUGUUAUGUAUUAUACACAGUGACGGAGAGUUCGGAUGCAAAAACGUUGUUUGUCAGCUUAUCAGGUGAAAAUCAGUUUGCAUGAAAAUAUUCAGCGAAACGUAAAUUGAAAAUGUAAAUCAAUAUCUUAGCUUUUGAAAACGCCAUACAGCUGACUUGACUUUUUAAAAACUCAAAUGUAUAUUUAUAGUUUUACUGAUAGAAUAUAACAGUCACGAUGCUUUAUUUGCCACAUUAUUCCGUCCCUGCUGACAAUGUUUUGCGCAUUAAGCCAUUCUAGUUCGUUUAAAUAUUAUUAUAUGAAAAUAUCAUUUGUAGUUUCUUAUUUUAUUCCUAGACUAUAUUGCAAUUCAUAUCUUUUUUAUAAUGCAUAGCUGCAAAAUUGUACCGAUUUUGAUCUUCGUUUGUUUCGAAUCAGUAUAUGUUGAAAUUAAUGAAAAAAAGUUUGGAAAGCAUAGCAUAGGCAAUUAUAACCCACACCGCUUUAAUGCUCUAAUGACAAAGCUACUAGUUUAUAUCGUGUUGCAUCAACUGCCUUCGAAUAAAUUAACUGCAAGGAAUUGUUAAUAUCGACUUAAAUGGAACAUUUUAGUAAAAUAAAAUUGGAUUUUUUUCUUAUUGAGCCUUCUAUAUAAAAAUGUUUCUGUUUGUCCGAAUACUAUUUAGGUUAAUUUCAUUCGUCUGUUUUGCAUUAUUUUACAUUUUAUGCAUAUUCAUAUAUUAUUAUUUGAGAUUUAUACUGCGUAACUUUAUAAGAAUGAGCUUAUUAUUAUUAUUAAUGUCAUUUUCUCUCGCUGGGCCGCAAUCAAAUAAUAUUAUUAUCGAAUAUGCUAUUUUCUUGGUCGCAUUGACGUGACUAACUGCUUCGAGUCAAUUCACUGGCGCGCAGUGUUGCACCAUAAUUUUGUUUGGCUUCAGCAGCUUUUUGCAUUUCAGUGCUAGUCUAACCAUCGAUACAUUGAUAGUCUAAUAUGAACCAAGAAAAUGGAAGAAAACGAUAUUCGCUUUAUUUGUGGUCCUCACUUGGGAUAACUUAUACUUUAUAUGAUAAUCUCAUUGCAAAUUUUUUAAAUAAAGUCCAACAGUGGGUGA